UUCCCAUCCGACGGCCGCGUGCAGACCAAGUUUAGGGUUCGCCGGGUGCGAAGGCGAUGGAAGAUGAUGGGCUGGAUGAUCUCUUUAGGAAUCGGCGCAUAGGGGCCGCCACCAUUUCCAGAAUCCGAGAUCUAGAUCUGAAAGCACAGGAUUUGCUGGUUCUGUCACCUCAGUUUUUGGCAGAGCUGUGCCAAACUGUGGGAGCAUCUGAUGGCGAGAGGUUCAAGAUUUUAGCUGCCGUGGGUGCAGCACAACAUUCCGCAGUGACGGGAAUCCGCGGAUUUGGUUCGCGAUCGGAAGGCUUGAACGCGCGUUUAUACAUUUCUGAAAGAAAAGAUCUGUUGGAGAAGCUUGAGAGUCUUGUUCGCAAAGAACGAGCAGUCGUCGUGCGAGCCCCUCCUCAAAGUGGUAAAACGUCUCUUCUUCAGCUGUUAAAAGCCAGAACCGAAUCGAAAUUCAGCGACGUGUUCUGCAUCAGCCUUGCAGGCAUCAAUGGCCACAGUUUCGAGUAUAUGUGGUAUCAGCACUAUCCUCAUGUUUCAAUGGAGAGUCUCAACAGCAGCGAGCCUACACUUCUACUUGUCGACGAAGGGCAGAGUGGGUUUCAUGCUUCUGAUCUAACUCUAUGGGCCAAGAUUAAAUCAGCGCAAGCCGGUGGUAUGCUGUAUAUUGUGCUCGUCUCCAGCUUUGGGAGUGAUGAGGGUGAUACGGACGAAGGCGAGCUGCCGCCAACACCAGUUAUAUUUAAACCAAGUUGCGCUGUGAUUAUACGGCCGCAACAUGGUUCUGAAUCUUCAGGUAUUUAUCUCCAGUUUUCGGACGCUGAAUGCUCGGAGAUAUGGGAGAACUGGUGCAAAUUCUGUGCAUUUGUACCCAACAACAACGACAUCCUCUACUACGUGAUGGAGGUUGGAGAUAGACAACCAGGGCUCAUGACACACAUGCUUGACUGGCUUGUGAGGAGAAAGUUCAAUGACAAAAAUCGGGACGACUGUGAGGAGUUUGCGAAGAGCGAGUUGCUUUCUGAACGCUUUAUGGCUUCGCUAUCUGAGAUUCGAAGUAUUUCCACGUUUCGUAAUAUGUAUUGGCGACCGGAGUAUGCAGGUAUCCUCUCCAAAUUACUGGGAUCCAGUUCAGCUCUGGGUUUUGUGAAGAAAACAGAGCUGUCCUCGGAAGAGCUUCAUGCUGCAAAUAAGCUUUUGAGAAGGGGUCAAUUGGUGAGGACCAAAGCCAUGAACUUUAUGUUUCCUUCGCCUUUGCACCGUCACUAUUUUGCAUCUUUCUGUGCCACUGCAACGUUAACGCUGCCCCAAGUUCAAACAAUGGGCAUCGAGAGCUUUCUGGUCCAUGUGAUUCAAAGGAUGAGUGCCGGGCGUUUGGCUUGUUCUGAAUCUCUUGCAACUGAAGAUGGGACAAUAUACGAGCGACAAUACCAGAAUGAGUUCUAUCGCGCAUACUGCACACUUCUUGAUGUCCCAAUGUCCCCGGAUGUUGGUAGACUGUAUGGUGUGGCAGGAUACGUUGACUUUUAUCUCGCAGAUCUCAAAUGGGCCUUUGAAAUUGCUCGGGAUGGUAUCAAACUUGGGGAAGUGAAGUGCCGUUACCAUGCAUUGAUCUCCAAGGGAGUGGUGAAGAAGUAUGUGGUAGUGAACAUGGAUGCAACUGGUGUUGUUUACAAAGAUGAGGUAGGAUUGGUCCAGGUGAUAUUUGCUGAUGGUUACAAGACUGCAACAAUCUAUCCCUCAGGCCAAGAAGUAGUUUUACAAGCUUAGAACAGUGAAUUUCUUAGCCCUUAUCCAAGUUUUUUCUUAAUAAAUUUAAAUUGUUAGUUGUUGAA